AAGAUGUCUCAGUCCACUACUACUGAAGAAGGAGGCACCUUUGAGCACCUGUGGAGUUCCCUGGAGCCAGACAGCACCUACUUUGAGCUGCCCCCUGGUAGCCAGCCAGGAGAGCGCCCGGUGCCUUCCACCAGCACCCCGGGGAGCCACUGCGGUGCUACCGAGGUGUGCAUGGAUGUCUAUCACAUGAGGGACAUGAAUGACAGCGUGAUGUCCCAGUACAACUUGCUGAGCAGCAGCAUGGAGAGCCUGGGGAGCCGCACGACGUCCGCCAGCCCCUACAGCUCCGAGAACGCCUCCUCGUCGGCCGUGCCCACCCCCUCGCCCUACUCCCAGCCCAACUCCACCUUCGAGGGCCUGUCGCCGGCCCCGGCCAUCCCAUCCAACACCGACUACCCGGGGCCGCACGCUUUCCAGGUGUCCUUCCAGCAGUCCAGCACCGCCAAGUCUGCCACAUGGACUUACUCUCCCCUGCUGAAGAAGCUGUACUGUCAAAUAGCCAAGACCUGUCCCAUCCAGAUCAAGCUGUCCUCCUCCCCUCCACAUGGCAGCAUCAUCAGGGCCAUGCCUGUCUACAAGAAGGCAGAGCACGUCACCGAAGUGGUCAAGCGCUGCCCCAACCACGAGCUGGGACGAGACUUCAACGAUGGCCAAGCAGCCCCCGCCAGUCACCUGAUCCGCGUGGAGGGAAACAACCUGUCGCAGUAUGUGGAUGAUCCCGUUACAGGCCGGCAGAGUGUCCUGGUGCCCUACGAGGCCCCGCAGGUAGGAACAGAGUUCACCACCAUCCUGUACAACUUUAUGUGCAACAGCAGCUGUGUGGGUGGCAUGAACAGGAGACCCAUCCUCAUCAUCAUCACCUUGGAGACCCGAGACGGUCAGGUGUUGGGCAGAAGGUCAUUUGAAGGUCGGAUAUGUGCGUGUCCCGGCCGAGACCGCAAGGCGGACGAGGACCACUUCAGGGAGCAACAGGCCCUGAAUGAGAGCGUGGCCAAAAACGGCAAUGCCAGCAAGCGCAACUUCAAACAAACCCCGCCAAAUAUUCCCAAUCCAAAUAUUAACAUGAAGAAGAGGCGGCAUGGAGAGGAGGAGAUUUACUAUAUUCCUGUUCGUGGAAGGGACAACUUUGAGCUGCUGAUGAAGAUCAAAGACAGCCUGGAGCUGGUGGAGCUGGUGCCGCAGCCGCUGGUGGACUCCUACAGACAGCAGACACAGCAGCAGCUGCUGCAGAGACCGAGCCACAUAGCGUCUCCCUCCUCCUACUCUCCGCUGUCCAACAUGAACAAGCUUCAUGUCCACGGAGGCCUCAGCAAACUGCCCUCAGUCAACCAGCUGGUGGGGCAGCAGCCCCAGCAAAACCAUACUGCCCCCACCACCAUAACCCAUAUGGGUCCCAACAUGCUCAACAGCCACCACUUGCAGGCCAAUGGUGACAUGAAUGGUGGCCACAGCAGUCAGCCUGUAGUGUCUACUUCCCACUGCAGCCCGCCCCCUCCGUAUAAUCCUGACCCCAGCCUCGUCAGUUUUCUUACCAGUUUGGGCUGCCAGAACUGCAUCGACUACUUCACCUCCCAAGGCCUUCAGACCAUCUACCAUCUUCAGACUCUCUCCAUGGAGGACCUAUGUGCGCUGAAGAUCCCCGAGCAGUUCCGCCUGGCCAUCUGGCGAGGCCUGCAGGACAUGAAGCAAGGUGCUCCUCUCCCUCCCUCUAACUCCGCUCAUCACCAUGACUACCAUGGCCAGCCGCUGCUUCGCUCCAGCAGCAACAUGGCCGCCACCGCCAUGGCAGCCAUCGGGGCCGCCGGCGGGGAACUCCAGCGCCAGCGCGUCAUGGAGGCCGUGCACUUCCGCGUGCGCCACACCAUCACCAUCCCCAACAGAGCGGGAGUCGUCGGGCCGUCGGGGAUGGCGGCGGCUACGGACGAGUGGGCUGACUUUGGCUUCGACAUGCCCGACUGCAAGGUGUCACGCGGCAAGCACUCCAUCAAGGAAGAGUUCAUGGAAAGUGACGUCCACUGAGAGAGGAAGAGGACGAGGGUUACAGAACAAGAGAUUGAAAAGAGUCUUGGGAUUGUGCUGCCAAUGCUGUUGUCACCAUAAGCCUGCUUAGAAAGUAAUACAUGGUUAAAUGUGUUUUAAUGUGGUUUUAGGUGUUGAUGUCACGUUUCAGUCAGUGAUUUUGUAGAGAGCCAUGGUCCUUCAAGUUCCCUUUUUAGCACGGGGCAUUUUCAGUGUGUUAAGGCACUUCCUGUGUACUAUUUCUGUUGUGC